AUGGCUACUACGUCAACCGGAAACGACUUGCACGAGGUGGAUUUGAAACCCUCGAGCCCGGCUUCUGAAGCAACCCCGGAGCAAAUUCCCGAUCAGAUUGGGUCGAAUGGAUCUACGCCUACUGGAAUCUCUACACCUCAACCGGAUCCCGCGGACAAGCGUCUGCCCUCCAUCAUGCACAACUACUUUCAGGUUGGUUCCUUCUCCGGCGAUAAAUUGAGUCUACCACGGCUAUGGCCUUGCCAUGUGAAAUCCACGGAUAUCCCAGAGCCUAGCAUUUCUCCCGAAUCAUUCGUCGUCUUGGAUCGAGAGGAAGGGUCUAAGAAGAUCGAGGCAAAUUUGCCUACACCUCCACACUCUCUAUUGCAGUCAGAUGAGAUGGAUCUCAGUUCGAGUCCAGACAUGACUGCGGGGUCGAUCUAUAAUACCCUAAAAAAAUACCUCACUCCUGCCCAUGAAUCACCUUCCCGCCGUCAAACUUCCCUGCCAGUUUCUAGCGUUUCUGACGACCCCGUACUUGCUUCACACUUCUCCAAUCCAUCUCUCCCACACAAUGCACAAGAUGCGUGUCCCCUUACUCAAGCACCUUUACUCGCACACGAACAACCGCAUUUCUCCAUAUCUUCCGAGAAUCUUACAAAGCUGACUGGAAACGCAUCCGAUGCGGUGCGUCUAAAGAAUACCCCGCCGCUCACCCCUCGUGCCUUGUCAAAUGAUGACGACAAAAAGUCCGUGACUUCCGUGACUUCGGCACCCCGUGAAGAGCCCCAACCGGAACGGGAGAGCUCAACCGAUGAAAUUACAAUGAAACUCGAUGAGGCCUUCCCCCGCGAACCCUCCCCUUCGAAUGGUCCACCUGUUGCCCCGCUGAAGGGAAAGCUUACCGUGAAAAUCUCCGAAGGUCGUGGCUUACGCCCAAGUGUGGACCCUUAUUGUGUGUGUGUUUUUGAAUGGAAUGAGUAUAUCUCGAAGGGUACCAAGGAUGGUGAAGAGGAGGACGAGAGACAGCGACGCCAGAUUGAGUCCGAUGCCGAGGCUGGUCGUCCGAUGGCUAUCCCCAUGAAAUGCCGACAGGAUAGUCAUAAUAGUUCCUUGGACGGAUUUGAGCAGAAGGGCAAGGCCCCCGUAACAGAUCCUCACUGGGAUCAUUCAGCUGUCUUUGAUGUUCUUGGUGACCAGUCCGAAGUUGAUGUCACUGUCUAUGACCGUCAUAAUCAAGAAGCCUUCUUGGGCCAUGUCCGCCUUAGCAUUAACCUCAAGGAAGAUCACAGUCGACUGGAAGGAUGGUUCCCUUUAGUCGCCCGUGGUGCUGGAGAUAACCAGGUUUCAGGUGAAAUCUAUCUUACGAUGACCUUCGAAAUGACCGAGCGCAAGCAGGUUGGACCGAGCGAUUUCUCAAUUCUGAAGCUGAUUGGAAAGGGAACAUUCGGUCAAGUUUACCAAGUGAAGAAGAAGGACACUGAGCGCGUUUAUGCUAUGAAGGUUCUGUCGAAGAAGGUGAUCAUCCAAAAGAAAGAGGUGAUUCAUACUCUCGGAGAACGGAAUAUCUUGGUACGCACGGCGAUGGCGGCAUCGCCGUUCAUCGUCGGUCUCAAGUUUUCUUUCCAGACUCCAACCGAUUUAUACCUAGUGACGGAUUACAUGUCCGGUGGUGAAUUGUUCUGGCACCUUCAACGCGAAGGCCGCUUCCAAGAGGCUCGGGCCAAAUUUUAUAUCGCCGAGCUGAUUUUAGCCCUGCAACAUCUUCACGACCAUGACAUCGUGUAUCGGGAUCUCAAGCCAGAGAACAUUCUGCUGGAUGCCAAUGGUCACAUUGCCUUGUGUGACUUUGGUCUGUCCAAGGCAAACUUGACCCAAAACGAUACUACCAACACAUUCUGCGGUACGACCGAGUAUCUUGCUCCAGAGGUUUUACUGGAUGAGCAAGGUUACACGAAGAUGGUUGAUUUCUGGUCAUUGGGAGUAUUGGUCUUUGAGAUGUGUUGCGGAUGGAGCCCCUUUUAUGCCGAGGAUACCCAACAGAUGUAUAAAAACAUCGCUUUCGGCAAGGUGCGGUUCCCCAGAGAUGCCCUGAGUACCGAGGGUCGUAACUUUGUCAAGGGUCUUCUCAACCGAAACCCCAAGCAUCGACUGGGUGCCAACGGCGAUGCUGCCGAGCUCCAAGCACAUCCAUUCUUCCAUGAUGUUGAUUGGGAUGCUCUCUGCAAGAAACAAGUGAUUCCACCAUUCAAGCCCAAGCUUCAAUCCGAUCUCGACACCUCCAACUUUGACCCUGAAUUCACUAAUGCCCUUGAAAACAACAUGUCCUUGAAUGAUCGUGCCGCUGCUUUGGCCAAUGGACUCAUGCCCGCGGGUACACCACUGUCACCCGGCAUGCAGGCUAAUUUCAAGGGCUUUACAUUUGUGAAUGAAAGCUCAAUCGACCACCAUGUCAACCUUGAUCACGAUGAGGAAGAGGAGGAAGAUAUGGAUGAAGAUACGCUCCUUAAGUCCGAGUCGUGGAGGUCACACCGGCCCACAAAUUCGACAGAUCAGCGUAUGACUGGCGUACAGAAGGCAUCCGAUGGCGCCGAUCCCGGUAUUUUUAAUGUUGACGAAAACUUUUGA